ACCACGCUGCCAAUGUCGACGAAGGCAAAAAUGCGUUUCUCUAUGGACUCGAUUCUGGCAGCAUCUGAGGCAAAAACUCGAAAACGACCAGUGAACGACGAUUUUCACACCCCCGAACCGGCCAAAAAAUCCUACCUAUCUCCUCAACGAACUUGCUCAGCUGUAGAAGAAACUCAGACACCUUCCGUUUCAGUUGAUGAAAAACCCAAGUAUUGGGCAGAAAGCCCGGAACCAUCGACAAGUUGCAGUCCAGAAGACCUUAGUUGCCGAUUAACGCGUAGAUCAGAGAGUCCCGACUGCCUUCGCCUAAUAGAGAAAGAUGAUCCAAAAGAAGGCUGUUCGAAAAGCAAAGAUCUGUCUGCUUCUCCGGAACAAGCCGAAGAAAAUCCUUCACUGGAAUUGCAACCUAUCAGCCCUUCCGGAAUGUCGUCACAUCGUUCGAAGUCUGGUGCUACAAAACCUGCCUAUUCCUACAUUGCGCUUAUUGCAAUGGCGAUUCUCAACGCCGAAGACAAAAAACUGACAUUAUCGCAAAUCUGCGACUUUAUAAUGUCGCGAUUUCAGUACUACAGGGAUAAGUUUCCCGCAUGGCAGAAUUCAAUUCGUCACAAUUUGAGUCUUAACGACUGUUUCGUGAAGAUACCUCGAGAGCCGGGCAAUCCCGGAAAAGGCAACUACUGGUCUCUGGAUCCGAAGGCGCAGGAUAUGUUCGAUAACGGCUCGUUUCUGAGAAGACGGAAGAGGUACACUAUUCACAUCGUGUUCACUUUUCAUCAGGAUUUCACCAAUAGUGCUACCGUAGGCUGA